GUUGGCAUAGGUAAUUUCCUUCCAUUGUCUCGGUGAGGUAAAAGACCGUUUUGUAAAAGCUUUUCUUCAUAACCGUAUCGACGAAUAAAACGUCCCUUGUUUAACUUAUCAGUGUAAUAACGAAAUCGAACAAAACUCAAAGUAGGAUUAUAAUGACUGAAAUUGAAGAAAGAUUGCACACAGUUCAUUUUUUUUCAAAUGAAUUCUAUUUGUUUUAAUAAAUAUUUAUUUUGUUUUUUAGUAUGUAGUAACUGAAAUUUGACAUGUGUUUUUAAUGUCAAAACUUAAUGACAUUUAUUAUUUAAAUACCGGCACAUGGUUCUGUGAGUUUGAAAUAAAUAAAAAUGUUGACUAACAAAGUAUUUUUGAGAAAAACUAAACGGGGAAACAUUAUAAAAACCGUCCGUGAACAUUAUUUAAGAGAUGAUAUUUGCUGCGGUUCGAAAACCUGUAAUCUUUGUCCUCUCGUCGAUGAUAUGUUAUUAUCUUCAAAUCCAAAUCAAAAAAGUGAUAAUUUUAAUUUUCCACAUUACUUGGUACUAGACACUAAUAUAAUCUUGGAUCAAAUUGAUAUACUCGAAGAUGAAGCAAUUAAAGAUGUUAUAGUAUUGUCUACAGUAAUGGAUGAAUUAAAGCACCAGAGUAUCUCUGUGUAUAAACGAUUUAAGAAAAUUGUAUCAAAUCCAGAAAGAAGAUUUUAUUCAUUUGUAAAUGAGCACCACAAAGAUACGUUUGUUAAAAGAUUACCUGGUGAGACAGCAAACGAUAGAAAUGAUAGAGCUAUAAGGCAAGCUACUUUAUGGUAUAAAAAUCAUUUACAGUUGAACAAAUUGGAAAACAAAAACAGUAUCAGUAUCAUACUUCUGUCGGAUGAUGCAAAUAAUAGGAAAAAGGCUCAGGAAUCUGGUAUAAUUACUACAACUGUUGAAAAAUAUAUUAGAUCUUUAAAGGACUUUCGUUAUUUGGCUGAUAAACUUUCUCAAAAGUCAAAUGAGUCAUCAGAGAAAAAAGAAAAUUUAUAUCCAGCUCAUUUGUCUAAUGGACAAAUUCACGAUGGAAUUAAAAGAAAAGAUAUUUUCCAAGGUUUGUUUUUCGUAUCAAAGGAUAACUAUUUAGAAGGGUUCGUAAAUGUUGAUGGAUUUGAAAAACCAAUUCUUAUUCAAGGUCGAUGUGCAUUAAAUCGUGCAAUCGAUGGAGAUUUGGUAGCAAUAAAAUUGCUUCCACAUAAUGAAUGGUCUUUACCAAGUGACAUGGUUUUACAAGAUGACCAAGAAAACGAUGAAGACGAAGAUCUUCAAUUGAGCAGUACAAGAUCGUUUGAAAAACAAAUGACUGGAAACAUAGUUGGUAUAAUAAGAAGAAAAUGGAGGCAGUAUUGUGGAAUUUUGUUGAAAAAUGACGUUUCUAAAGGAAGUUAUCAUUUGUUUUCGCCAUCAGAAAGAAAAAUUCCUAAAGUCCGUGUUGAAACAAGACAAUCAGAAAGUUUAAUAGGCCAAAAAAUUGUUGUUGCAAUCGAUCAUUGGCCACGUAAUUCAAGAUACCCACAUGGCCAUUUUGUGCGUGCGUUGGGUGCAAUCGGCGACAAAACCACUGAAAAUGAAGUAAUCUUGCUGGAGCAUGACAUUCCCCACACAAAAUUUUCAGAAGAAGUGUUGAGUUUUCUUCCAAGUAUGCCAUGGCAAAUUUCUAAAGAGGAACUGUCAAAAAGAAUUGAUCUACGCGACUUAACUAUAUGUUCUGUUGAUCCCCCCGGAUGUACAGAUAUUGAUGAUGCCCUGCAUACACGUAUGUUGGAAAACGGUCUGAUUGAAGUUGGUGUACACAUCGCAGAUGUUAGUCACUUUAUAAAACCAGGAAAUGCAUUGGAUAAAGAGGCAGCUACACGAGCAACCACUGUUUACCUUGUAGACAAAAGAAUAGAUAUGGUACCUGAGUUACUUAGUUCAAAUCUGUGCUCAUUACGUGAAGGAGUUGAGCGUUUAGCUUUUUCUUGUAUAUGGGAAAUGGACGAAAAUGCAAACAUUAAAAAUACGAAAUAUCACAAGAGUGUUAUCAAAUCUAAAAAGGCGAUGACAUACGAAGAGGCGCAAUUAAUCAUCGACGACACAAACAAAAAUGAUGACAUUGCGAAGAGUCUUCGUCGACUAAACUCUUUAGCCAAAAUAUUAAAAAAUAAACGACUAGAUAACGGUGCAUUGGUUUUAGCAUCACCAGAAAUUCGUUUUCAAGUUGACAAUGAAACUCACGAUCCGAUCGACGUUGAAUCUAAAAAUAAUCUUGAAACAAACUCUAUGGUGGAAGAAUUCAUGUUGUUAGCAAAUGUGUCAGUGGCAGAAAAAAUUUUGAAAGAAUUUCCAGAGACAGCUAUGUUGCGUCGACAUCCUAUACCGCCACAAACAAACUUUGAGCCAUUAAUAAAAGCUGGACGCAAUUUAGGUUUUAAUAUAGUUACUACUACUGGGAGAGAGUUAGCACGAUCAUUGGAUGAGGCUGUAAAUCUUGAUAAUCCUUAUUUUAAUACAAUGUUAAGGAUAGUGGCUACAAGAUGCAUGAUGCAGGCUGUAUAUUUUAUAAGCGGUACAGCGCAAAAUUGUGAUUAUUUUCAUUAUGGCCUUGCAGCGCCAAUUUAUACUCAUUUCACAUCUCCAAUUCGAAGAUACGCUGACAUAAUUGUACAUCGUCUUUUAGCCGCUUGUAUUGGUGCAGACAAGAUGUAUCCACAAAUUUUAGAUAAAACUGCAAAUGCACUUCUUUGUAAUAACUUGAAUUACAGAAAUCGAAUGGCUCAAAUGGCUGGACGGGCGUCAGUAGCAUUAAAUACGCACUUGUUUUUUAAAAAUAGAAUGGCUUGUGAAAACGGGUACAUUUUAAGUGUAAGAAAAAACGCAUUGCUGAUACUCGUACCAAAAUAUGGACUUGAAGGUACAAUUUAUGUAUACGGAAAGACCGAUAUGCCAUGUAAAAGCGGAAUUAUAUUUAAAUAUGAUGAAGAGAAUCAUACUUUAUCCUGUGGACAUAUUACUUUUCGUGCAUUCGAUCCUGUUAAAGUAAGGUUAAGUAUUGAUUCAUCUGAUAUUCAACACGAAAGGUUGGCUUUAGAAUUGGUUGAGCCUUUUAUAGAAAACUUUAGUAUUAAAGUUGAAACUCACAAUGAAAGUGUACAAACUGAAAUGGAAAAUUUUAAUAAACGGAAGCCCGGCCAAAGAGUAGAAAUGAAGUUUAAAAAGAAAAAGUUAUAAGAAAAUUUAAAAAUAUAUGUAUAAAAGAUUAAUAAUUUGAUUUUUUAAACGAAGAUAGGUACACAAUCAUUUGAAAUAUAUUGAAUAUAUGUAGAUCUAUACACCAUAAAAUUAGUUUUUAAUUUAAUUUUGUAAAUAAAACUUUACUAGAGCUAA